AUGACGGUGACGCUUACGUAUACGCUGCGACCGAGGGGUAGAGCAAGCCACGUGCAUGAUCAGGCGCAGAAGGCACGCGAUGCCAAGGUUACAGCGCUCGAGGCCCGCAUCGACCAUCUCGAGCGGCUAGCGUCGACACGAUCGCGGCAACACGCAGCGCUAGCGACGGCGCAACUGGCCAAACAUGGACAAGAGGCCGAGAGCUGGGCAACGUACCUUGGGCUUGAUGAUGCCGACGUGGCCGAGAUCGACGACCGAAGCGUGCCGGAUGAGGUGCGGCGGAGUAGUGGGAGCGGGCGCAAGGCUGGUGAGCCGCUGCGGGUACUUAUCUUCUCAUGGGCGACCGAGGACACAUACACCAAGUACGAGACCGAGGUGUACUGGAAGGCAUGCUAUGCGGCCACCCACGGAUAUGAUCUGAUCAUCACCGAUGAGCUCGAUCCCAAGCUUGUGGCCGCUGAGGCCGCCGAUGGCGACGAUGAGUACUCGCAGGAAGGCUGGUACCGUGAGGAGCGGAUGUACGCGUGGCACAAGGCGCUGACGCGACAUCUGGUCUCGGGCGAGUACGACCUGGUGUACAUGAUUGGCGCAGACACGCUCCUUGUCCCGCCGAUGAUGAACUUUGCACUCACACGGUACUACGAGGGCCACCCGCUGACCAUCAUGGAUCAGAAGUUCCAGUUCUGGGGCUACAACCAGAACGCGCUGCUGUUCUCGACACAGGCGGCCGGAUCGUGGCUUGAGGCAUUUCGUGCCGUUUUCUUUGCGCGGCACAAGCAGUUUACACUCCAGUCGGACAACGGCUCGUUCAUGGAGACGAUGCUCGAGUUUCUCGGCGCCGAGGCCGAGCUCAACGGACUCCCGGGCUAUGAUGGCAAGUGCGGCAAGCUUGCAGUGCUGGACAUACCGGCCGGCAAGCUUGCCAAGAUAGACUUUUCGACCUACGAGGCGACGAUGCUCGCUUACAGCGAGUGUUUCUUCCCGGAGCUCGGCCGGCUAGCCGGGCCGUACAACGAGCGCAAGUCGUCGUUCGUCAACUUUGUGGCCCACACCGACGAACGGCCGUGGGCCAACUGCUGGGGUGGCCUCCGGCUCAACCAUCCGGAUGAGUGGCGCUCACGCUGCUUCGGUAUCCAUCUCAACGGCGCUGGCCGCGCCCGGCUUUGA